GAGACCAAUACAGUAACCGCAACCAUGUCUAUGGGAAAGAUCAUCUUCUACGAGGACAGGAACUUCCAGGGUCGUUCCUAUGAGACCUCCAGCGACUGCCCUGAGCUGACCUCCUACCUGAGCAGGUGCAACUCCUGCAGAGUUGAGAGCGGCUGCUUCAUGGUCUAUGAUCAUUCCAACUUCAUGGGAAACCAGUACUUUGUGAGAAGGGGAGAGUAUGGUGACUACCAGCGUAUGGGCAUGAACGAUUGCAUCAGGUCUUGCCGUAACAUCCCCAUGCACAGAGGAAACUUUAGGAUGAGGAUGUACGAGAAGGAGAACUUCGGAGGUCAGAUGCACGAGCUGAGCGAUGACUGUGAGUCCAUGACCGAUCGUUUCCGCAUGAACGACAUGCAGUCCUGCAACGUGAUGGACGGCCACUGGCUGAUGUAUGAGCAGCCCCACUACAGAGGCAGGCAGAUGUACAUGAGGCCUGGAGAGUACAGGAACAUGAGAGAGUUGAGCAUGCACAUGGGCUCCAACCCCAUGAGGUUCAACAGCAUGAGGCGUAUCAUGGAUUCUUGUUAUUAA